AAAUCUGAAUAUGACUGUUGCCCUUUUACUGUUGAAGUCAUUCUGGUUGCUUUUGUGACUUUGUACGUGCUACAUCAGUUUGGUAAUUUGAAAAAACAACAUUACAUUGUUACUGGAGCCGUUUUUAUUUCGUGGUUUUUCUCUUUCUUAAUUAUAUUCGUCUUGCCCUUGGAUGUAUCUUCCACUUUUUAUCAUCAAUGUGUUGCUGGACAGCCUAAACAAUCAGGCAAUUCUUCAGUGACAUCAAAUAAUGAACAAACAAAUAGCAGCAACUUGUCUUGUAAAAAACCAUGGACGUACAUGUCUGAUGAUGUACUUCUCAAUCUUUGGCGUGUUGUCUAUUGGUCAUCGCAAAUAUUAUCAUGGAUUGUAUUACCUAUGAUGCAAUCCUAUACAUAUGCUGGAGAUUUUACAAUCCAAGGGAAAAUUAAAACUGCUUUGUAUGAAAAUGCUCUUUGGUAUGCCAGCUAUCUUGUGAUAUUCAUUGGACUCAUGUUGUAUGUCAUUUUUCAUCCUGGAUCUCAUCUUGAUGGAAAUAAACUGAAAAUGAUCGGAAUUGCUGCUUCAAACACAUGGGGUCUUAUCUUGCUGGUGAUUUUAAUGGGAUAUGGUCUGGUAGAGGCGCCAAGAACUAUUUGGCAUUUCUCAAAUUUAGAAUAUCAGCUUGCUCAUACUUAUUUCAAAGUAUCCAAGAUGAGCACAGAGAAGGAAGAAGAAGAGAAAUUAAAUGAAGUACUCACGGAUGUACGUAAGGCAAGCGAGUCCAUCCGAUACAAUCACAGAUUGCGAAAGCAUAUCAAUGUUAUUAUAAAUAAGUGUCCUGAAAGAGAUCAACAAACAUUUAAUAGAGGUACAGAUGAUUAUGUUGAUUAUGACCAAAGGCGGAGAAAUGACGACAGACGAGAAGUUUAUGAAAAGAAAGAUCUUGUAAAACUACACAAACAAGUAAUUGCGCAGACGUUGAUCACAAAGAAAGCAAGAUGUCAAUGGAAUCGGGUCAUUGAAAACGCGUUCUAUUUGGAAGACUUAGAAAGAAAUACGAAGAAUCGUGAAAGAGUCUAUGUAUCUGCAAUUGAUAAAACUAACGUCUUAAUCCGUCUUCCUCCUUCAAUGGAGUGGCAUUGGAAAAUAUGGAUGAAACCGUGGUUGUGGCGUGUUAGUGCUGUUAUAUUGGCCGUACUUAGUAUAGCACUUAUAUGGUCUGAAGUGACAUUCUUUGUUGUAAAACCAAGACUAUCGCUGUUUGCCUUACUUCUUUACAAAGCACAGGAAGGAUACUAUUAUUUUUAUGUCGAGUUAGUGUCCUGGGUGACAAUCACAUACAUGUGUAUUUGUACCUAUUACACUGUCUUCAGAAUCCGGGUAUUCAACUUUUACUACUUUGCUCCACAUCAUCAAACUGAUCCAAACAGCUUGUUGUUCAGCGGAUUGAUAUUAUGUCGAUUGACGUAUGCUCUCUGCUUGAAUUUCUUGAGUGUAAUACAUCUUGAUAACCAUGUAGUCGAUGUGCUCAGUCUUGAAGAUACAGCAUUUACACGGGUAAUUGGUCAUUUGGAUGUUCUGAACUUCGUUGCAAACGGUUUUAACAUCUAUUAUCCCAUGAGCAUUGUAUUAGUUUGUUUGGCUACUUACUUCAGUCUGGGGUCACGAUGUUUAAAUUGUUUGGGGUUUCAAGCUUUCGUUGUUGAAGAUGAUGUUUCCGUCGAUUAUGUUGCCGAGGGAAAGGAAUUAGUCAGAAGAGAAAAAAGAGAAAGAGAUGUUUCCAUUAAUCCUGGAGAUACACGGCAGCGAUGGAAAAGCCGUGGUAGAGAGCUGAAAGAAAAACUGAAUAGAGGCCGAGGUGAAAGUUCUAAUGAUGUUCAUGUUGAUCAUACACCAACAGUAUCGGGAUCUUCAUCUAGAUUAGUGAGUGAUCGCAAGAUUGCGCGUUAUUUAAAACCUUCCAGAGAUGAAGGAGAUCGUGUGGAAUUACUCUCCGAUGUCGAUGAUCAGUAUACGUCAUCGCCGUACUCAACAUCUCGAUUUGAACGAUCUGUUCCGAAGAAUGUUUUUGAUGGCAUAUAACUAAUUUAUCACUUGAAUUGAAGUAUUUAUUCUAAGCUGUUUAAGCGAAUUGUCAAUUAAGAAAAUCAUGAAGUAUACUCAAGUACAAAAUUCCUAUUAAUCACAAGUGAAUUAAUAAAAUCCCAACGUCAUUAUUUAA